ACUUAAAUGAAAUUUGUGAUUAAAAUAAAAAUAAAGAUAAAAAUAAUUGUGGAAUAAAGUGUGACAAAGCAAAACUUUCUCGCAUUAUCAAUUUUGCGGUAUUUAACCAAGUUCUUGAAAAUGAGUUGAACAAACUUGCCCAAGUUUUUUGAGAAGAAUAAAAAUACAGUGUAAAAAGGGCAAAAUGACUACGGAUAGGUUUCACAAAGCUGCCAAAGAUGGACUCCUGGACGUACUCCGCGAGGCGACGAGAAAAGAAUGCAACAACAAAGAUGAGUCGGGUAUGACGCCGACCCUGUGGGCGGCUUUCGAGGGUCACAUAGAAGCAUUGAGACUGCUGUGCGGAAGAGGAGGCGAACCUGACAAAGCCGAUUAUUUUGGUAACACGGCACUUCAUCUCGCCGCGGCUAGGGGACAUAAGGAAUGUGUGACGUUCCUUGUAAACUUCGGAGCUAACUUGUAUGCCAUAGACGUAGACGGACAUACGGCGCAGGAACUAGCUGGUAUCAAUGGAAGAGACGACAUCUUACGUUUUCUUGAUCAAGCGCAAGGGAAACUCGAGAAUAGUGACAAGAAGAAAGCAAAGUCACUGAAAGAAAAAGCAAAAAAGGAACAUGAAAAAUUACAAAAGCAGUACCUUAAAAGACAAAGUAAAGCAGAAGUAAUGGCGGAAAAGGAAUUGAAAAAAUUGACUAAAGAAUGGGAGACUGGUUACGACGACAUACCAACGAUGCCUCAUAGACCCAGUAAUGUGCUGAUGGCUCUUAAGGCAAAAAUGACUCGGUCUUCAAGUCAAGGAAAUCUCUUAGAUGAACAACCGCGACCUACGUACAGCGCCCUAGUGGGCACGGUGAACUCGGGCGCAAGGGGGCGCGGCGCGGUGUACAAGAAGGCUCUCGCCAGUAAACUGAAAAACGGUACCCUGGGCAAGAACACACCAGGGAAGGACGAUUUUAAGGUAGGCGAGGUGGAGACGACGGGUCGUCGCUCGGUGACGUCACUGAGCGGGCUCCGACGUGACUCGGAAGUAAUGUACGUGGGGACGUUCGGCGCCGGCCCGCAGCAACGCGGCGCCGUGGCUGACGUCUUCAGCGAAGCCGAGCCCAGGAAGCAGACCCUCACUAGAUCGGCCAGCCAACCCGAUUUCUUAGCAGCACAAGCAGAAGACAGCGGUAUUGGACAAGAAGUGCUAUUGCAAGAGCCAGCUAGUAUAUUUGAUAGACCGGGCUUCGGAAGUGUUGCAUUCAGACGGUCAAUAACAGCGACGUUAAGCGCUCUGCCCGCCAGCGAGGAGUUGUCGAUAGGUUCGGCGGGCUCCCUCGCCGCGAGGCACGCCUACCAGCCCGCCGAGUGGAACUCCACCCAGUCUGGAAGUUCAACAAUAACAUCGGACGAAGAAGCCGAAGCUGAAGAAUCUGCUUACUCUUCUCUCGAACGCUUCCUUACUGCUUGGGGUCUUUCACAGUACAUACAGAAAUUUAAAGACGAACAGAUAGACUUGGACGCCCUGAUGCUGCUCACUGAAAGCGAUAUGAAGUCAUUAGGGCUUCCUCUAGGACCCUACAGAAAGUUAGUAACAGCCGUCCAAGAGAGAAAGCAAGCGUUAUCACACCCGGGACCUAUGAUCGACACCGCCAUAUAAAGUACAAUAUGAGCUGGCGGACAAAAUUGGUUUAAUCCAUUCAUUCAGAUUAAUGGCUUCCAACAGUGCUAAAGUAGCACGGAUGAUUUCGCCAACGUCACGUAGCAUGGACAUGCUCCACUACGAAUUUAAAAAAUUCAUAUUUCCUUUAAAAGUUUUUUAUUAAAUUCAUAUUUUUGUCCCGCUUUUUUAUCUAUUACGAACAAUACAUUAUUUUUUUUUGUAUUUUAUAUAAGAGCCAUUACAGUAAAAUUUGUCUUUUGUGGCCCAUUUCAUAAAACUUUGUAAUGCUUAUGCAUUAUUUUGUAUAUUAAUAAACGCAUUUAAUAGGGACCAGUGUGAUUUAAAAUAUUCAAAUCGAUUUGUGUUGUGAUUUUUUUAGAAUAAAUAUUCUCGUGCACAAGAACUAUCUUAAUGUUUAAAAACGAAUUGAUGUGUCUUGAUUUUGAAGAAAUGUUGUUGAAAAAUUUUAUACACUAUAUUUUUAUUUGUAAUUAAGAAAGUACAAUUAAAAUAUCACAAUUAAAUUUAUAAACAACUUAAUUUUUUGUACAAACUUUAUAUAUAUUGUAGUUGUUUCUUUGUAUAUUGAACUGUUUCAUUGUUUGUUUGUGUCUAGAGUGAUAAUAAGACAAGUAAAAAUCAUUUCUGUAAUAUUAAGUCUUGUGAUGUGAUAGACUUCAUUCCAUCCAUACGCCAUAAAUAUUUUUAUAUAGAAAAAAAUAUACAUUUAAAACGCAA